GUGAAGAAGUGAUUUCCUCUGUGGCUGAAAAAUUGUGCAGAAUUUUGUGAAAAUUUUUGUGAAAAAAAAAGAAUUUUCUGUGAGUGUGAAAAAUGGAUAAACUUGUGAGGAAUCAAAUACCAGAUUCAUCUUCAUCGCCCCCAUUGAGUUGCUCCCUGAAUUUUCACACCUUUGAGGAUGAUCUCAUGUCGGACCUUCCAUCGUGUGUCUUUGGCGGGGGUACAGCUCAAACUUCUGGCAUUUCAAGCAGCCUAAGACUAGGAGGCACCAACUCAGGCGGGGGCCUCAAACAUCCUGGGAAUGUGCAUCAUGCGACGCAAUUUGCAGCAGGACCUCAUCAUCCAGAUUGUCAGCUUGUUGAGCCAUCAACAUCCACAAGCCAUGGAGAUCUCCAAGGGGUUGGGAACAAUAUUCAAGGAUCUUGUUCACCGUAUGGAACACCUCCGUUUAAAAUUCAACGCCAACAGACAAAUAUUCGUGAGAGAAAGAGAAUGCUUCGUUCAGCACCAAAUGGAAGCAUAAAUAGCGCAUUCGAUGAGCUGAGAGUCCACGUACCGACCUUUCCCUAUGAAAAGCGUCUCAGUAAAAUUGAUACCCUGAGGCUAGCUAUUGCCUACAUAGCUCUACUCAGGGAAGUUCUGGAGGCAGAUUAUGAUCCUCUGACUUAUGUGGAAAAGUGUCUCAGGGGUGAGAUAAAGGCAGACAGGGCUCAUUGGAAUACAAGUGAUCUCACGGCACGUCUUUCAUGGAUAAAUUGGGAGAAUUUGGGUGUCUACCCUGGCCGACGGACUCUACUUACAUCCUUAGCAUUGGGAGCUGAUUCCAGCAAUUGCGGUGGAGCGUGAGACGCAUCCUUUUCGUCCUGAGCUGCAAUUUUGUUGUGAUUUUAGU